UUUCCACUUGGGUACGCUGGUUUGGGUCGAAUACCGGACUCGGUGGGGUCGUCGUUAAGCCAUCGGACAUAAGGCUGAGCUGAUGUUCAUUUUUAUGAAUACCGGCAAUAAUGCCACCUCGCAGAAAAUCUGGAAAGGGGAAAACAAUGUCCGUGAGGAGUCCAAAGAAGAUUGAUGAUGGCAAGGAGAGGUCACCGCAGAUGUCCACACAGGACAAAGAACAGCCUGAGGCACUCAGUCCUGAGAAACCACCCCAACAUAACCAAGAGGAAAAAGACGGUGGGAAAGAGUUGCAGCAUGUUAAAAAUGAAGACGAUGAUGUCAUUGGUGUUAAGAAUGAUGACGUUGAUGUCAUUGGUGAUAAGAAUGAUGUUGAUGAUGUCGUUGCCAUUGUCAUACCACCGCCUCGUAUACUACAUGCAAGAGUAAAGACGCCCAAGAAGGUCACAGGCACUCCCAGAAAAAAGACAAGACCAAAUAACGUUCCAUUUCCAUUUCUUCCUGAACAAGAGAAAGAUCUGGCCGAAUGUAUUUAUAAUAAGCGGUGCAAAGAUUACAGGUACACACAAAUUAAGAAAAGAAAGAUAGAGGAAAAGGCGAAAGAAUACAAGGAUCCGGAUGGGGAGGAAUGUACUGCUGAUCAACUGUUAACAUGGAUGACCAGUAUGCGAACCUACUAUGAGAAGAUGAGCAAGCAACCGAAGUCUGGGUCUGGGGCAGAAGGAGGACACAAACCUACCGAGCGGGAACUGUGGAUUCAACAGUCGUUCACUUUCCUUUCGGACCAUAUUGUCAGGAUACAAGGACGUCAAGGUUGCAAGUUGACAAGCCAAGUGGCAGAGGAACCUGGACCUGGUGAUAAAAACGACAAUGGUUUGGAUGUGUUGUCGAGUGAGGACACCCACGACAACACAACCCUACAGGACCUGGAUUCUUCCUUUGAAGCAGAACCCAACACAAGCACCAAAAAGGGACAGUACAUCUGCCUUGGAACCAUCCUUCAAUUCCAACUACUACUUCAAUGCUCAUCCAAGAUUCAACCGAACCAACUAUGGGCAUUCUCUCUACCAGGUGCCUUCUCCAAUAACCUCUAGCUCCUCGCAAUACGUGCAGCACACACAACAGUGGCAGCAACCACAACCAGCCAUGCAAACACCAAGACCCGGACUGCCGUAUACUCCACCGGUUACAACGAGCUCCAACAUCACCGGCAACACCUCUACCGCUACUGCUACAGAAACUGAAGGAGGGGACAUACAUUUUAUGUUCAAUGACGUAUAAUGGUGUUUUGGUGCUAUAUUGACUUACAUUUCACGUGUAUCAGUAUUACACGGUCAUGCGCAAAUAUGUUCCUUAUAUUUGUUUAAAGAAAACUUUAUUAUUUUGGUCGUUCUAGGUUUAGAAGGACAUAGUAGCUGACUGAUUUGUCUGUAGUGAUGACAACGUUUUAUUUCAUGUUCAAUGUUUAUAUUCUAAUAAACUUUGUGAAAGUGA